ACAUUACGAUAUGAAACAGUUAUGAAAUUUGAUUGAGCAACACUUGAAAACUUCAACAUUUCCGUUUUUAAAUAUAGCUCACUGGUGACCAUUUUCUAUUAUUCUUUUUUACCAGCCAUGAAUAGCUGCUCAAAAGUGUACAACAAAUUAACACGGAAAAAGCCAACAGAGGACUGGCUGUCUGAGAGCCCCCUUAAAAGAUGUCUCACAACUCUGGACCUGACUUCCAUAGGGGUAGGCACAGUUGUCGGUGCAGGUCUCUACGUGGUCACAGGACAGUUGGCACGUGACAUUGCUGGACCCGCUGUUGUUAUCUCCUUCUUCAUUGCAGCAAUUGCCGCUCUUUUAUCGGGAAUUUGUUAUGCAGAGUUCGGCUGUCGUAUACCCAAGGCUGGUUCAGCUUAUGUCUACUCCUAUGUAACUGUUGGAGAGUUUUGGGCCUUUGUUGUUGGAUGGAACAUGAUUCUAGAAUAUAUCAUCGCUGCCGCAAGCUUGGCACGAGCCUGCAGCGAGUACAUCAACUCUUUCGCCCAAGGCUACAUAUACAAGUUCUUUAUGAACUACAUCGUCACUUGGAACGUUCCAGCCCUGGGAAGCUUUCCUGAUGUUUUGGCUUUUACGUUGGCCUUGAUUAUUGCAAUAAUUGUCUCAUUAGGAGCGCAAAAGUCCUCUUUCGUCAACAAGAUUAUGACUUUCGUGAACAUUUCUGUCAUAUUAUUCAUAAUCUGCACUGGAUUAUACUUUGUCGAGGCAAAGAACUGGCAAUCCAAAUUUGCACCGUACGGAGUAAGCGGUGUUCUGACAGCUGCGGGAAGCUGUUUCUAUGCCUUUGGUGGAUUUGAUGUAAUAGGCACGGCAAGUGAAGAAGCUAUCAAUCCCAAACGAUCAGUGCCAUUAUCUAUCAUGCUAACCUUUGCCAUUAGCUUCUUGGCUUAUUUUGGAGUUGCCACAGUUCUUACGCUUAUGAUGCCUUAUGAUAAGCUGAGUCGGUUUGCUGCUUUGGCCGAGUCGUUUGCUCAGCGUGGAUUUAGCGGCGCCAAGUACGUCGUUGCAACUGGAGGACUUUGCGCAACGGUGGGUACGCUGCUGACCAACUCAUUUGCUGGCCCACGUGUUGUGUAUUCCAUGGCUUCCGAUGGUUUGCUAUUUAACUGGUUUGCGCAUGUGCACGAGAAGACGAGAGUUCCAGUGCGUGCAACUUUGGUUAAUGGUAUUUUGAUCGCAAUCCUUGCAUUGCUGCUUGAUGUAAAACAGUUGGUUGAAAUGUUGUCAAUUGGCACUCUAGUAGCGUACACAAUGGUAGCAAUCGCUGUGUUAGUUACACGCUACACACCUGGAAUUCAAAGUGUAACAACAGACAAGGAUACCACCAACGAAAAGACCGACAAAUGGCUGCAAUGGAUCUGCUGCCGUCCUGGGGAAACUGCAGGCCAAGACGAACUUAUUCCAGAGGUCAGCUAUCACCAGGUUCAAAACAAUGACGAAGAUUCUUCAAUGGGUACAACACAACCAGAUGAACAAACAAGCUUUCGUGUUCGCGUUGCCACAUUUGCGUUGACUUUAUCCAUAACAACUUUCACAGUUUGCCUUACUCGUGCCAAUGUACACUUGGCUAGAGGAGAAGCCUGGGCAAUUCUCGUUUGCUGCAUCUUUGGUUUAAUGAUUGUCGCUUCUUUGAUGUACAUCACCAGGCAGCCCAGAAAUUCCGCCACAUUCCCAUUCAUGGUUCCAGUAGUCCCUAUAAUUCCUGCUCUUACAAUAUUUUUUAACGUUUCACUGCUGGUGAUGCUGAAUCAAUGGACUUACAUCAGAUUCAGCGUUUGGAUGGUUUUAGGUCUACUCGUGUAUUUUUUCUAUGGUUACUGCCACAGUGUGGAAGGUAUCAGACCAGAUGACAGAUCAGAGGUACAAUUUAUUCUAGCAGAGACACCAAACUUUGGAACAGAGGUUGAAGAAUAUCCGGCUGGCCUGGCGACACCUUCCGCUAAAUAAAGGAUGUAACUGGUCUUUUAAUUGGUCAUUAAUAUAAUCAGGAAACAAAUACCUUUGCUAUUUCUGUAAGGUUAUAUGUAUAAACGUGAAGCACCUUUGUUAAUGAUUUUUUUGCUAUAUAAGGUACAUUUUUUCAGCUACUAGUGUCACGGAAAUCGUCCCAAAAUAGUGAAAAGCGAGGUGGACUAGCUACUGCCGUUUUCCAGUCUCACCUGAAAAUUGUAACAAUGUUGGACUUACUUCUGACUCAUUUUUUGCAAUACAAUGCUUUAGAGUUGAAUGUUCUCACGACUAAUCCACCAAUAAAUUUUUUGAGUUUCCAUAUGCAUCUGUUGGCGACCAUUUAAAGAAAAUAACAUCACGAGUCGGUAUAUUCACCGUAUGCUUCGAAGAAAGCAUUGCCUCAGUUAGAAUGGUUUUCAGUUGAGUGUUGAAGUCAUUCGCGUUUGCAUUGGGUUUAAUUUUUACGCUUUGGUGAUUGGUUUAAAAAACUCGUACCACUCAACCUGUCAAAAGCUGCAAGAAAACUAAUCUUGACUCGCUCACAAGCGUUUUUUCGCGCCUUAUCUGCUUCUAGUUUUCAUUGGUUUACUCGAUAUUCUAGGCCCGUUGUGAUUGGCUGUAGUGAUUACUUUGGUUUUGGUUUGACAACGUUCAAUUGAAAACAGUGUAAUUUCUGUACUAAUGUACCACUGAAAUCACGUCUCGAUCAUACCUUGUUUUAUUCCUGCUAGUAUGCAUAUGGUUUUCUGGACAACUAAGUGUAAGCCCAUGAAACUAGGACCUCUGAAGCCGAGACCCUAAUAACCAUAUUAAAACACAAUAUUUCUUUAUUUGUCACUCAUUUUUUUAUCUCAUGUCUCGACGAACACCGCCGGCCAAUCGUAACGCUGGAAAGCCGUAUCCCGUCGUAUUCCAGUUUGGUUUCCCGACAUUCGUCACCGUUUCUAUAGAUUGGUUUGGUAGAUUCAAUCUGCAGUCUAAGAGUGCGUUUUUUGGGAUUAUCAGGAUCAGUGAUCCAAGAUCACUUAGCUCAUGGUGC